UACUCAACAAACUGACACUGCAAUCCGACCCAAAGACCAAGGUGUUUACCUAUUGGUGACUUCAAGAAGAAACCUUACGAUGCUGAGCAGCAGAAGCAGCAGCGAAGGUGCCUUUUCACCAAUCAAUGAGCACCAACUACCGUUAACACUCUUAUCAAAUAGCCAAUACAAGAGAACAAAAUCUUCCGAAAGUUCUUGGAGUCGUUAAAUUCAUCCAAAAUCACACAUUCCCUUUGAUCUUAUAGUUCUCUUCUUCAACUGAAAAUACUCAUGGCUUUUUCUUUACCAGUCAUUUCCUCCAUAGUUAUCUUUCUCUUUACGUUCAUCUCACUUUCGCAGUCCAUACCCUUCAUAAUACUCCACGGAAUUGGAGAUCAGUGCUCCAAUCGAGGGGUUAAACGGUUCACUGAGCUACUGAGUAACUUUUCUGGUACUAAAGGAUAUUGCAUAGAAGUUGGAGAUGGAACAUGGGAUUCUUGGUUUAUGCCACUUGCGGAACAGGCGGGAACUGUUUGCAACAAGGUGAAGGAAAUGAAAGAACUUAGAAAUGGUUACAACAUAGUUGGUCUCUCCCAGGGUAACUUAAUAGGUCGAGGUGUUUUACAGUUUUGCGCUGGUGGACCUCCUGUUAAGAAUUUUAUCUCCUUAGGUGGACCCCAUGCUGGUACUGCCUCUGUUCCUCUUUGUGGCUCUGGGGUUUUAUGCAUUAUUGCGGACAGACUGAUCAAGUCGGAGAUCUAUACUGAGUAUAUCCAAGAUCACUUGGCUCCCAGUGGUUAUCUAAAGUUACCAAAUGCUAUCCCCAGCUACUUGGAGAAAUGCAGAUUUCUUCCAAAGCUUAACAAUGAAGUCCCUGGUGAGAAAAACUCCAGUUACAAGGAACGGUUCACUAGCUUACAGAACUUGGUGCUUAUCAUGUUUGAGCAUGACACUGUUUUGAUACCCAAAGAAACUUCUUGGUUUGGGUAUUACCCUGAUGGAACUUUCAAUCCAGUUUUACCACCACAGCAGACAAACCUUUAUGCCGAGGAUUGGAUUGGUUUGAAAACCUUAGAUGAAGCUGGAAAGGUCAAGUACAUUAGUGUUCCAGGAAACCAUCUUGGAAUUUCCAGAAGGGAUAUGAAAAGGUACGUUGUGCCUUACUUGGUGGACAAAGCAUCAAGAAAGAGAAGUAUUGAAAAUGAUAGUGGAGUUCAGAGUAAGAAAAUAGAGCAAACUGCGACUACAAUUGACAAGAAAACAUCAACUAAAGCAAUAUUCGAGGGAUCAUCAUCUUAUUUCUGGCCCUCAUCAAUAAAAUCUUUCGUCGCUGAACUUCUGGGGCUAAUGGAGGAGCCGUUGCCUCCUGAUACUUGAUUUGGAUUACUUCUUGAAUUGAAUUAUGAAAGGCUUGGGAUUACAAUCUAUACUGUAUGAUCAUGGAAACAUGUGUUAAAUAGGACAUAUCUGGUUACACGAUGAUGGAACAUUUAGCAGUGUUAUUAUUUAUUGGCAUUCAUUUAAAUGUUGUCUACAGUUUGUAAUUGGUAGACACGCUAAAUGUCAUUGGCUAUUUUAAGAAUCAGGUAUCCAAGUGCCUGAAUUUUCCUUUCUAAUGUUUAAAUACACUAUUCUGUUCCA